CCGGCUAGAUAUCAGUGGUUCGGAUUUUUUCAGGUUCGUUGAACUUCCAGAUUUGUUUAUACGUAUCACGGGGUUACAUAUGUCAGUCAAGUCAACGGUUGCGUUUCCAAUGCAGAUGCAGUAAGGACAAAGAGAUAACAGUAAUUGAUGGGCGUUGAUAAAGCUACAUACUGGUAACCCGGUUUCAUUCUUGAUAGUUUUUGAAAUGGCUAAUGCAUCAAACAAGAAGUUACUGAAACAGUUUUACAACUGCGAUAUCCUACGUGAUGGGCAAAUCGUAAGGGAGGAUUUGUGGGUUAGGAAUGGAAAGUUCGUUAACCCUGAAAAAAUUUUUUACGAUGAGAAAAUAAUGCCAGAUGUAAGGAUCGACUGUGGCAACGCUUUGAUAUCACCGGGAUAUAUUGACCUUCAAAUAAAUGGUGGAUUCGGCGUUGAUUUUUCACAUGAUGUAACUACUGUAGAAACUGGCAUAAAUAAAGUAGCCAAAGCCCUACUGGCCUACGGUGUUACCUCUUUUUGCCCUACGCUGGUAACUUCUCCUGAUGUAACUUAUUGGAAAGUUUUACCAAAAAUUAAAAAAAGAAACGGUGGUUCCGACGGGGCAACAAUAUUGGGUGUCCAUGUAGAAGGACCUUUCAUAAAUCCUGUAAAGAAAGGGGCACAUGAAGAAAAUUUUAUAAAACAAUUCAACAAGGGUCUUCAAUCUUUGCUAGACACCUAUGGAAGUUUGGAUAAUAUUUGCUACAUUACAUUGGCACCUGAACUGCCAAACUCGUCAAUUGUCAUCAAAGAUCUGUGUCAGAGAAAUAUCAAAGUCUCUGUUGGACAUUCCAUAGCAAAUUUAAGCGAAGGUGAACAAGCUAUCAAGGAUGGUGCUAGUUUUAUAACUCAUUUAUUCAAUGCAAUGUUGCCGUUUCAUCAUAGAGAUCCAGGUUUAGUAGGUCUCCUCACGUCAAUACGAAUACCACAAGAAAAAAUCGUGCACUAUGGGAUCAUAGCUGAUGGAGUGCAUACGCAUCCAGCAGCCUUGCGUAUUGCUCAUCGGACACAUCCAGAGGGCUUAGUCCUUGUUACCGAUGCUAUAUCAGCGAUGGGUCUUGAAGAAGGGGUCCAUCAGCUUGGACAACUUACUAUUCAAGUUCGUGGGGGACGCGCCUAUAUAGCAGGAACGGAUACUUUGUGUGGAAGUAUUGCGGAAAUGUCAAAAUGCGUACGAUUCUUCAAGGAAGCUGCAGAUUGUUCUACGGUUGAGGCUCUGGAGGCUGCCACGUUGCAUCCAGCCAGAGCGCUUGGUAUAGAAUCUACUAAAGGUGUUUUGAACUUUGGUGCUGAUGCAGAUUUUAUAAUGCUGAGUUCAGAACUGGAUGUAAUAUCAACCUGGAUAGCUGGUGAACGAGUGUAUUCUGUGUAAUAUUGUGAAUAAAUGAGAGACUGAUCGAAUAAGUCAAUAUGUAAGUAAGGGAACAGUUAAAAAAAAAAAAACGAAAUAGACCGGUCAGUGUCACAGCAAAUUUUACCCUAUUCCAUUGUUUAAUGAUAAUUCUUCAAAAUAUAAUGGCUGUGAAUUCUACAUCACUCUUUUAGCUUAAAGUGCCGAGGGAAAUUUAUUUUCAUACAUGAAGAAUUGAUACUGUUAUGAUGUUUAAGCAGGAGUGAUAUAUCCUAAUCAAA